CAAAUCAGAUGGGUACAGUACAAGAAACUUGAAUAAAUCGUGCAGUAAGCUGGUCUGUUUGUCGGACAAGUUUCUAGUAAACAACAGUGGUUCGGUUUACUAAACCAUGCUAGAAGUGGAACGGUUCCGAGUGGUCGGCUAUGUUUACGCUACUGGUUGUAUCGUGUUUUCGAUUAUUGAAGGUGUCGCAGCUACGAAUAUCCUAAUGAGGAAUGGAUGUGACGUCGAUUCGUUCACUAAGCUCAUGAUGGCGGCCUUGUUUCUAACUUUCAACAUAUUCCUGAUGAUCGGAAUUAGCACGGCAAACAUCGCAAACGUUGUGGCUAAUACUGUUUUUACGAUUAUUUUCGAUUUUAUAAUCACCAUGAAUGUGAUCACGUCCGUUUCCAUCCGGAUGUUGAAUGGUGAACCAAUCUAUCGGAAGAGGGAAGGUGCUGUGGCUCUGGUCUUAAUUGCUUUAUUUUUAGCACUCUCCAUCGGACAGCUUUGGAUAUUGAACGGUGUGAGACUAUACGUAAAAAACCGACGAAGGAUGCUCAACAUUGCUUAGCCAUUUUUUGAGCCUACAAAUGUUUAUAAUUUUAUGUGAUUAAAUAUUUAUGGGAUCGGCGCAGGGCCGGCGGAUUCCGUGGGUAGUAUGUGUGGUAAUACUCACUCGAAAAUAACUGAGAGAGGACCCACUCGAAAGUUUGGAACAAACUAAAACCUGUAAUUAACCGCAUAUUUGUCUUGCGCACAAAAUGCAUGCGUCU